GUGGGGUCAGGUGUUGCCCUGCUGGUCAGCCGGGCACCUGGCCUGGGCAGAGGCUCAGCUGAGAAGCUGGGUUGGCCAAGGGCCUUGUGCUGGGCCAGGAUGGCUGGGUGGGCUUCACCCCUCCACACCCGGCUGCCCGGGAGUGUGUGCAAAUCAUCAAGACCUUGAACAUGUAUGAAGUGCUUAUUGCUUCUUUUCCUUUGGGCUUUUGUUUCUACCUUGUACAGUUCAAAUAAAUGUGGGUGUUGCACUGAGGCGUUGUCUCCUGGUCACUCCAGACUGCCUGAGCUCAGUUUCUGCCCAACCUCCAGACCUCCUGCUCCCUGCCAGGGAUCCUGACCCCUGCAUGAGCUGCGGGGGCGGGGCGGCACUGGGCAAAGGCCCCGCCCCCCUGGCCGGCGCGGCGCUGGCAGUGCCCGGCGUGCCCACGCGGUGGCGCCGCCGGGCAGCUAGGCCGGUCUGGCCCGCCCGCCUCGCUAGGGAGGCUGCGCGGGCGGGGGCCGGAAGUGCGGGCGCAGCUACAGCGCGGGUCGGGGUCGUGGGCGGGGGCCGGGCCUGCACUGGGGUCGGACUGCAGCUCCCGGCGGCCAGCAUGAAGCGGGACGUGCGCAUCCUGCUGCUUGGCGAGGCCCAGGUGGGGAAGACGUCGCUGAUCUUGUCGCUGGUGGGCGAGGAGUUUCCCGAGGAGGUAAGGCCGAGCGCGCCCCCGCGCCCAAGAAGGGCCCAGGUCCGGGCGCCGCCGCCCUCCGCCCUUCCCGGCUGUCCUCACGGCCGCGUCUGCCCCAGGUCCCUCCCCGGGCAGAAGAGAUCACCAUUCCCGCGGACGUCACCCCAGAGAAGGUGCCCACCCACAUCGUGGAUUACUCAGGCUGAGCAGACAGUCGAGGAGCUUCAGGACGAGAUUCACAAGGCAAACGUGGUGUGCGUGGUGUAUGACGUGUCUGAGGAGGCCACUAUUGAGAAGAUCCGAACCAAAUGGAUCCCGCUGGUGAAUGGGGAUACCAAGAGGGGGCCCAGGGUCCCCAUUAUCCUGGUGGGCAACAAGUCGGACCUGCGGCCGGGGGGCUCCAUGGAGGCUGUGCUGCCCAUCAUGAGCCAGUUCCCUGAGAUCGAGACCUGUGUGGAGUGCUCGGCGAAGAACCUGAAAAACAUCUCAGAGCUGUUCUACUACGCACAGAAGGCCGUGCUACACCCCACGGCCCCCCUCUAUGACCCUGAGGCCAAGCAGCUGAUGCCCGAGUGCGCCCAGGCCCUUACACGCAUCUUCAGGCUCUCAGACCAGGACAUGGACCAGGUGCUCAGUGACCAGGAGCUUAAUGCUUUCCAGAUGUCCUGCUUCGGGCACCCUCUUGCCCCGCAGGCCCUGGAGGAUGUGAAGGUGGUGGUGAGCAAGAAUGUGGCAGGAGGCGUGCGGGAUGACCGGCUGACCCUGGACGGCUUCCUUUUCUUGAACACGCUCUUCAUCCAGCGAGGCCGCCACGAGACCACGUGGACCAUCCUGAGGCGCUUUGGCUAUGGCGACUCGCUUGAGCUGACGGCCAACUACCUCUGCCCACCGCUCCAUGUGCCCCCCGGAUGCAGCACCGAGCUCAACCACCGCGGCUACCAGUUUGUGCAGAGGAUGUUCGAGAAGCAUGACCAGGACCGAGAUGGCGCCCUCUCGCCAGCAGAGCUGCAGAGCCUUUUCAGCGUGUUUCCUGCUGCUCCCUGGGGCCCCCAGCUCCCUCGCACAGUCCGCACCGAGGCCGGUCGGUUGCCUCUGCACGGGUAUCUCUGCCAGUGGACUCUGGUGACCUACUUGGACGUCCAGCACUGUCUUGAGCACCUUGGCUACCUGGGCUUCCCCACCCUCUGCGAGCAGGAUUCCCAGGCCCACGCCAUCACAGUCACCCGGGAGAAGAGGCUGGACCAGGAGAAGGGACAAACGCAGAGAAACGUUUUCUUGUGCAAGGUGGUAGGGGCCCGCGGAGUGGGCAAGUCCUCCUUCCUGCAGGCUUUCCUUGGCCAUGGCCUGGGGGAUGCUGGGGAGCCUGCCGGGGAGUCCUCUGCCUACACCAUCGACACCGUGCAGGUCAACGGGCAGGAGAAGUACCUGAUCCUGUGUGAGGUGGGUGCAGACAGCCUCCUGACCGCCUCGGCCGACGCCACCUGUGACAUCGCCUGCUUGAUGUUUGACAGCAGCCACCCCAGGUCCUUCUCGCUGUGCGCCAGUGUCUACAAGCGCCACUACAUGGACAGGCAGACCCCCUGCCUCUUCGUCUCCUCCAAGGCUGACUUGCCCGAAGGCGUCUUGCUGCCUGGUCUGUCUCCAACUGAGUUCUGCCGUAGGCACCGGCUGCCCGCCCCCGCCCUGUUCUCUUGUGCCGGCCCAGCCGAGCCCCGCGCGGCCAUCUUCACCCGGCUCGCCACAAUGGCCGCCUUCCCACACCUUGUCCACGGGGAGCUGCACGCCACCUCCUUCUGGCUCCGGGUGGCGCUGGGGGCCGUCGGGGCUGCCGUUGCUGCCGUUCUCAGCUUCUCACUCUACAGGGUCUUGGUGAAGAGCCGAUGAGGUCCCAGACCCCACAGUCUGAUCUCAGGGUGCUGGUGUGGGGCCACUUGCUUGGUGGGGGAUGGAGACCCUCUCAACUUUCCUCCUGAGGAGAGUCCACCUGCUGCCCCACCCCUGCCUCAGCCCCGAGGGUGGCCCUGGCUCCCAGCAGCCUGUGUCCGGCCUUGCUGCAGGUGCCGGGCAUGACCCUCUUCUGUGGGCAUCAUGUGUUGGAGGGACCGGGAGGUGUGGGUGAGGAAGUCAGUGACCCCAGACCCGAAUUCUCAGGGCUCCACUCCUCCUUCCUGGUCCCAUGUGGCCAGAGGGUAUGAAGGGGGUAAGAGGGCAGAGCUUUGGGCCAAAGGCAGGGGCGUGGAGGCAAGAAAUGGCUGGACCAUUGUGCGCGCCCCCACCCCCCAAUCUGAAGACAGGUCCAGGGCUGUGCCUCUCACAGAAGACGUAUGAGAUUGGGUUUCCUGAUUAAACUUCACUUGUGUCUUUUA